AUGUUAGGAGAGUUCUCACAAUUCAGUAAAAUUGGCAGUGACUGUGAAGAAAGACUAUUGUGGUAUGCCUCUUCCUAUGAGGAUAAGGACACCUUGCCUCUCUAUUACAGGCUAGAAAAAAUUAAUUCAUUAGUGGAAAGACCUUCUUUUUGCUGGUUUCCAAAUGUGAUAUCACAAAGUAUUCUUGGACUCUUGGAUUAUUUGCGGGAACCUGAAAAUAAUCACAGAACGUUGGUUAUAUGA